AUGGACUGCUGGAAAUGUCCUGCGGGACAUGCGUCUGCUUUUGGCAGGGGCUGCCAAAGGAGGCAUCCGACGCAUUCAGCAAAGGUGUCGGCCUCGUCAGCAGAAAAAGUUCCAAUGACCAAGAAAGAGAAUACUUUCGCCGAAUGGCGCCCGAAUGGCGCGCGCGCAUCUCUGGCUGCCUUCUCUUGAUGUUAUGCCUUGCCUUGUGCGUGCAGCGGUGCCCUAUCACAAAGAGUAGCGAGCAUGUUUAUAGGCUUAAAGUCCCCCAAUCAAGCAGGUCUCGACUCGACCAUGCUCAUUUCAAUGGUGGAAGAAUGAAUUCAAAUGGCAUGACAUGCCCAAAGGCAAUUCGCCAGGUGUCAGGGAUGAUCUACACACCCUUUUGUCAAUCCUGUCUGUCCCUUUUGCACCAUAACCCAUGUUUUAAAAAAGGUAUCAUUGCCAAUGACCUUGUCACUAUGAAAUGUCGUUCAAGCACACCAUGAAAAAGCACCUCAUCUAUUGACUUAUCACUCAUGAUCACUAUGAACAUUCAUGGGAUGGUGCAUGUGGGCAACGAAUCGCAACCGUCACCACCGUUAGCGAGCUGCUCAUCUGCUCAACUGCUUGCAAGCAUCCCCGCAGUCUUUGCUCGUGACGAUCCGCCGAAACCCGUCAUGGGACGAAACCUCCGCUAAGCCAAUUAAACUUUUUGCAUGACGUCGCUACGCCACAAAAGCGGCUGGUCGCGUGUCCUUCCUUUUGCGUCAUGUUUUUUUUCUUCUAGAAACCCAUUUAAGCCAUUUGCAUCUACGAACGAGAUUUAGCAACAAGACUCUUUGAAAACGAUUUAGAAACGGUUGUUAAUUAUCAUGUACGUUUUACCACCUACCAAGGAUAUCCUCCCCGACUCCCAUUACGCCCCUCCGACAACGCCUCCCUCGUCCGCAUGUCGCUCGCCACCAACAACUCCAGGCGUCCACUCGUCUCCUACGAGCAACCGACGGGACAGCGUUGCCGUGGCUGCAGAGCCCAUCUCAUCCACAGAUGAUUCGGCUGAAGACGCGCAUUCGUUUGUCUCAGACGGUUCUGAUCUCGACGAGCGGCGAAACUACUUGCAUGCUCUUUUGAAGGAGAAUGGGAUUCCUGUUUCGCACGAGUCCAUUGACCUUGCUCAGCUAGGAAAGGGUGUACCUCUCCAAACCCGUGUCCUCGCCAUCCUCACCGAACUCUUACCCCAUUUCUGGUCUCAUGUUACAAACCCCGAACAAAUCCAACUGGAACGGGUGAGCGGGGCCAUGACCAACUGUAUCUUUUUCGUCAGUGGCCCCCCCGCACAAGAUGGUGCCAAGCCUCCCAAAAUCCUCCUGCGGGUCUAUGGAUCCGCUGCGGAUACAUUUAUCAAGAGGGACAGGGAAAUGUUUUGGUUGUGUAAAAUGGGGCAUGUGGGUGUUGCUCCAAGGUUGUUGGGGGCGUUUGCGAAUGGGCGGUUUGAACAGUUUUUGGACAGCACGACUCUAACCAAAGAGGACCUUCGCGACCCAUCCACCUCCCGCCAAAUUGCUCAAGCCAUGUACAAGCUCCAUAAGCUGAUCCAAAACUGCGAUGCCCACGAAGCGUCCUCUCCCGAUUUGUGGACCAAAUUGCGUAAAUGGCACCGCCUUGCUUCCAAAGCCGUCACGGAAUUCAAAAGGAACCAGCCGGAGCGGUAUGCUAAAUUGAGAAAAGUGGUGAACAUCAAGACGGUUGCUGCCGAGAUUGACGAGCUGGAAGCCAAGUUGAGCAAUAUUGGAUCUCCCAUCGUGUUUGCUCACAAUGAUGCACAAUACGGCAACAUUUUGCGAAAGAACAAGGACGGAUCCAUCAUUGUGGUUGAUUACGAGUACUCCAGUGUCAAUUACCGAGGCUACGAUUUUGGAAACCACUUUUGUGAAUGGGCGGCAGAUUACCACUCCCCCAACCCACACUUGAUGCAUUUCGAAAAGUAUCCCACCCAAUCCGAGCAACUCUCCUUCUUUUCCGCUUACCUCGAUGCCCAAAUUGAAGCCGGAGACGUCCCACCUCCCUCUCCCUCCACUCGCGCGUCUCUCCUCGACCAAAUGUACAAGGAAACAAACAAGUUUGCGCUUUGUUCGCACCUACUUUGGGGCUUGUGGGGGAUCAUGCAGGCUGGCGAAACGAAUAUUGAUUUUGACUUUGUGGGAUAUGGGUUGCAGCGAUUUGGACAGUACUACAGGGUCAAGGAAAAGUAUCUGGCGCUAUGAUGAUUUUGUGCGUUUAUUUCCCCAGAUUCCCUUUUAGUAUCCUUUUUGUUCUACGAUUUUAAUGUGCUGUGAGCAUGUAUAUACUAGAUUCACUGGCAAUAUAUCAUUCUAUAUCUCUUUAUCAACUGGA